UAUAAAAUGUCAAUGACGUGGCCCUCGCCAUGAAAGCGAAUUCAAUUCUCGUAAAGCAUUUGACCGGUCUGGACGUACAUCGUUUUUCGGCCAGCAGGCGGUUGUUAGACAGUAUUCGUAAAAUAUAUAUUUCAGAUUAAAAAAUAAGAUAUCAACUACAAAAAUAACAAUAUGAGGCAUUCAGUAGCUGCAGUGCUUCUAUUCGCUUUUAUCGCAACUGUUGCCGGUGCGGAGCACGAUGUGCUGGAUCUCGGUGACGAUAAUUUCGUAUCAACUUUGAAACAGCAUGAAACAACAUUGGUUAUGUUCUAUGCACCCUGGUGCGGACACUGCAAACGCUUGAAGCCCGAAUAUGCCAAGGCGGCUGAGAUCGUCAAGGACGACGAUCCACCAAUCAAAUUGGCCAAGGUCGACUGUACCGAGGCAGGCAAGGAGAUUUGCGGCAAAUAUUCAGUUAACGGCUAUCCAACGCUGAAGAUUUUCCGCCACGAUGAGGUUUCGCAGGACUACAGUGGACCACGCGAGGCAAUUGGCAUUGCGAAAUACAUGCGUGCCCAGGUGGGACCCGCCUCCAAACAAGUGCGCAGCAUUGAUGACCUGGCCAAAUUCUUGGACACCAAGGACACCACAAUCCUUGGCUACUUCAGCGAGAUGGAUUCGAAUUUGGCCAAGAUCUUCUUGAAGUUCGCGGACAAGAAUCGCGAGAAGUAUCGCUUCGGACACAGCGAAGACAAGGACGUGCUGAAGCAACAAGGGGAAACAGAUAAGAUUGUGCUAAUCCGUGCCCCACAUUUGAGCAACAAAUUCGAGUCUUCCACUAUUAAGUUUGAGGGCGACACCGAAUCCGAUCUGAGCACAUUCGUCACAGAGAACUUCCAUGGUUUGGUCGGUCAUCGCACACAGGACACAUCGCGCGAUUUCCAGAAUCCUUUGAUCACCGCCUACUAUGCCGUCGACUACCUGAAGAAUCCCAAGGGCACCAACUACUGGCGCAAUCGUGUGCUCAAGGUGGCCAAGGAGUUUGUCGGCCAAAUUAACUUUGCCAUCAGCUCCAAAGAUGACUUCCAACAUGAGUUGAAUGAGUACGGCUAUGAUUUUGUCGGUGACAAGCCCGUCAUUUUGGCCCGCGAUGCUAAGAAUCUCAAGUAUGCAUUGAAGGAUGAGUUCUCUGUGGACAGUCUGAAGGAUUUCGUUGAGAAGUUGCUGGACAACGAAUUGGAGCCGUACAUCAAGAGCGAACCGCUGCCCGAAUCCAAUGAUGCACCUGUCAAGGUUGCCGUUGCCAAGAACUUUGACGAAGUGGUCAUCAACAAUGGCAAGGAUACGCUGGUCGAGUUCUAUGCCCCAUGGUGUGGUCACUGCAAGAAACUGACACCCAUCUAUGACGAGCUCGCCGAGAAGCUGCAAGAUGAAGAUGUGGCUAUUGUCAAAAUGGAUGCCACUGCCAACGAUGUGCCACCAGAGUUCAAUGUGCGCGGCUUCCCCACGCUCUUCUGGCUGCCAAAGGAUUCCAAGAACAAGCCCGUCAGCUAUAAUGGCGGUCGCGAACUCGAUGAUUUCGUCAAGUACAUUGCCAAGGAGGCAAGCACAGAACUGAAGGGCUUCGACCGCAGCGGCAAGCCUAAGAAGACCGAGCUGUAAGCUGCAUACAUCUAAAUCUAGCGUGUAACUAAGUAGCAUUUCCAUAUUUUUGUAAAAUCAAAUGCAUUCUCAAGCCAACAGUCAAAAGCGAUCAGCAAAUGCAAUAAUAAUAGCAAAACAAGACGUGCAUUAAAUUAUAUAAAAGUCUGAUCGGUUUCUUGAAAUUCAAUUAUUGCUGUCAAUAAACGUCAAAACUAUUUUCUUCUUAAUAAUAA